GACCGCUACGCCUGCGACCCCGGCACCCGCUUCAACGCCCCGGCGCCGGGCAAGAGCUGGGUGGCCCUCAUCCCGCGGGGCAACUGCACCUACAAGGACAAGAUCCGCCACGCCGCCGCCCAGAACGCCUCCGCCGUGGUCAUCUACAACGUGGGCUCUAGCAACGCCAACGAGACCAUCACCAUGCCCCACGCAGGCCUAGAAGAUGUUGUAGCAAUAAUGAUUCCUGAACCCAAAGGAAAAGAGAUAGUGAGCCUUCUGGAGAGGAACAUUACUGUGAUGAUGUACAUAACCAUCGGGACACGCAACUUGCAGAAGUAUGUCAGCCGGACUUCUGUGGUGUUCGUCUCCAUCUCCUUCAUUGUGCUGAUGAUCAUCUCGCUGGCGUGGCUUGUCUUCUAUUAUAUCCAGCGAUUCCGCUACGCAAAUGCCAGAGACAGAAAUCAGCGCCGGCUUGGAGAUGCUGCAAAGAAAGCAAUCAGCAAGCUGCAAGUCAGAACAAUCAGGAAAGGUGAUAAGGAAACUGAGCCAGACUUUGAUAACUGUGCUGUUUGUAUUGAAGGCUAUAAGCCCAAUGAUGUUGUCAGAAUUUUGCCUUGCAGGCAUCUUUUCCACAAGUCCUGUGUAGAUCCUUGGCUGCUAGACCAUCGUACCUGCCCGAUGUGUAAAAUGAAUAUUCUAAAAGCUCUAGGGAUCCCGCCAAAUGCAGAUUGCAUGGAUGAUAUACCUCCAGACUUGGAAGCGUCCAUAGGAGGACCACCAACCAACCAGAUAACAGGAGCCAGCGAUAUAACAGUGAACGAGAGCUCUGUAGCCCUGGAUCCCCCAGUGCGGACUGUGGGAGUACUACAAGUCAUCCAAGAUGUAGACUCCUUUCCCCAGGCUGGGGAGGGUAACUUUACAACAAGCAAUGAACAGGAGCCAGCAGUCAGCAGCGAUUCAGAUAUUUCAUUGAUUAUGGCAAUGGAGGUUGGACUGUCCGAUGUGGAGCUUUCCACUGAUCAAGACUGCGAAGAGGUGAAGUCUUGAAAAACAAACAGAGAUCCAACACUAAACUACAGGGGAGGGUCACAGGGAGGGACCGAGUCAGCUUUCUAGGAUUUGGACCAGUCAUGCACAUGCCUCCAGAGCACUGUCACUCCUGCACACUCCAUUCUGAGAUGGUCACGAAAAGCAAUAGCAACAGUUGUGUCUGGAUGCAGUUUCAUCAUCUACAUACGUUCAUUUUGCUCACAUGGGAGAUGAAUGCUUCCAGUUUACCCAUGUGCUUGAAAGCAGUCAUGUAACUCUUCAGUGGCUCAUAAAUACACAACUGAAAUGACA